GGUGGUAUAUUUACAUCAGCACGUGUUCGUGAAGCAAUGCUUGCUGUUGAUCGAGGUGAUUUUGCACCUCGAUCCCCAUACAUGGAUCAACCACAAGGUAUUGGAUGGAAUGCAACCAUUUCGGCACCACAUAUGGUAUGUCAAUUAUCGUUAUCACUAUUGAUGUAA